AUGAAGCUUAUCCUGUGGAGAGUGUGCCUGCUGGGUGCUUUUAUAUAUGGAGGGUCAUGUCUGAAGGUGGAAUAUAAUGGAGAUCAAGUGCUUCAAAUCAUUCCACAGACGGAAAAGCAGGCUAAAUAUUUGCAAGAACUAACUAAUAACUGGCUGCUGGAUUUGUGGGAUCCGAACAUUCCUGAAGCAAUACAUGCUGGACAAGAAGUCCAUGUCCGAAUUCCUGCUUCUCAUCUUAAUGAAAUGAAAAAUACACUUCUUCAAAAUAACAUUCCAUAUAGUGUGUUAAUUGAUGAUGUACAGCAACUGAUAAAUACGAACACAGCCUAUAAUAAGAAUUUGAGAUCCGUGUCUUUGGAAAGCUUUGAUUAUACAAAGUAUCACCCUAUAGAUGAGAUUUACACGUGGAGUUACCAAAUCCGAGACGCAUAUCCAGAUCUAGUUACAUUAAACUAUUUGGGCUCUACCUAUGAGAGUAGGCCUAUUUACUACUUUAAAAUUGGAUUGCCAUCUAAUAAGAAAAAGAAAAUUAUUUGGAUGGAUUGUGGAAUACAUGCCCGGGAAUGGGUCUCUGUUGCAUUUUGUCAAUGGUUUAUCAGAGAACUACUUGAACGUCAUCACAGUAAUAACGUUAUACAUAAAGCCCUAGAAAAUACAGACUUUUAUAUUGUUCCUGUCAUCAAUAUUGAUGGAUUUCUGUACUCCUGGACUACGGAUCGUUUGUGGAGAAAAACUCGCUCACCCCAUAACAAUGGGGCAUGCUUUGGAGUAGACCUCAAUAGAAACUUUGAUUCAAGCUGGUGCACAGUCGGAGCAUCUACGAAUUGUAGUACCAAUACAUUUUGUGGACCUAGACCAUUCUCAGAACCAGAGGCUUAUGCUGUGCAACAGCUGGUGAACAGUCUAAAAUCUGAUAUCUUGUGCUUCCUGACAAUGCACUCUUAUGGACAAUACAUUCUUCUGCCUUAUGGUUAUACCACAAGUCUUUCUGUAAACCAUGAAGAAAUGAUGGCCGUUGGUGAGAAGGCUGCAAACAGUCAAGAGCGAAUACAUGGUUUAAAAUAUAGUGUUGGACCAGCAUCUCACAUACUAUAUAUCAAUGCUGGCAACUCAAUGGACUGGGCUGCCGACCUUGGAAUUCCUUUAACAUACACGUUUGAGUUAAGAGAUAAUGGGACAUAUGGCUUUGUACUUCCUGAGAACCAGAUUAAACCAACCUGUGAAGAGACCACAGCUGCAGUUUUAUCCAUUAUUGAAUAUCUCAAUGAAAAACAUUUUAACAGUGCAUCAAGCAUCUUUUCUGGCACACUUUGGAUAAAUCUGAGCUUCUCAGUCCUAAUUGGCACAUACUAUUCUUUAUUUUAA